AUGCCAAUGCCAGCGUCUUCUCCAGCGAUGCUCGUGGUGGCCGCCUUGUGCUGCGUCCUCCUCCUCUGCGUCGACGCGUCGGUGCACGACUACACCGGCGAGCGCUUCGCCGCCCUCGGCAACGCCUUCGUCCUCAACGGCGGCAGCGAGGGCGUCUACGCCUCCCCCGCCGCCGACUCCUUCAUCCGAUUCGAGAAGGUCGCGUUCAAGAGGACGCCGGAGUCGGCGGCCGCGGCCGAGGAGGACGGCAACCGCACGACCACGAUCACGGCGGUCGUCUCCGAGGCCGCGGACCGCGACGCGGUCGGGGGCUCCGACGUCAUCGCCACCGGCGUGCGCGCGCUCUGCUGCACGCCUGACAUGGCGAGGCGCGGCGCGUGCACCGAGGGCUCCCUCGUGCACCGCGCGCCGAACGGCACCGCCGCUUCAAGCAGCUGGCCCAAGGUGCUCUCCGCCUCGUUCCUCCCGGGCGCCCUCGAGACCGUCUUCCCCGACGAGACAGUCGCCGUGGCGCGCACCGGCAUGUACAGCCUCCGGUUCGUCCACUGCGACGCGUCCCUGGACAACCUGGUCACGGUCGUCAUCGCGCUGGGGAUGGUGGAGGUGACCACCUGGUACUUGGACCUCGCGGAGUUCAGCGAGUCCGGCGUCCGGCCGGCGGGGACGACCUUCUGGGCGGCCACGGCGGGGGCGGUGCGCCGGACCGUGUCGCGCGUGCUGGUGCUCCUCGUCGCCAUGGGGUACGGCGUGGUACGUCCAACGUUCCCCGGAGGUGGCGGCGCCGGCGCGAGGGUUGCCGCACUCGGCGCGGCGUUCUUCGCGGCGUCCGAGGCCCUGGAGGUCGGCGACCACGUCGGCGCCGUAAGCGACCACGACCACUCGCGGACGAGGAGGCUCUUCCUGGUGCUCACCGUGGCCGCCCUCGACGCGGCGUUCGUCUGCUGGAUCUUCGCCGCGCUGUCGCGAACCAUCAGCAGGCUGAAGGCGAGGCGGAUGGCGGCGAAGGUGGAGAUGUACCGGAGGCUGGCGACCUCGCUGACGAUCGGCGUGGCCGUGUCGCUGGGGUGGAUCACGUUCGAGGUGCACUUCAAGUCGACGGACGGGUACCACAGCGAGCGGUGGCGCGUGGCGUGGGUCAUCCCGGCGGUGUGGCAGCUCAUCUCCUUCGCGCUCCUCUGCGCCAUCUGCCUCGUAUGGGCGCCGUCCCAUGAUUCUACGAGGUUCGCGUGCUCCGACGAGUACGGCGACGACGACGGCGAGGACGGCGAGGAUGGCGCAAGGCCGGUGAUGAUCAGGGCUGGGCCACUGUCGUACGUGGACAACUGGGCGUGCUACGUGACGCAGGACGCCAAGAUCAUCCUCAGGACCGACUCCGGCGUGUAUGCCAAAGCCGGCGAGGAGGACAAGCGAGUUUAGCUCCUUGACCAUGCUUAAUGCGCUGUCUAGCCGAAAGCAGCACCACGAACCAAGAGCGUCCUUGCAGAGGUGGCUCAAGACGCUGAUUUAGAAACUUGCACAUGCCAUGCCGUUGGUUAUCUUCAGUUAG